AAAAUGGAGCUAAUCAAGAACUGACUUUAUUUAUGGCAGGUAUAGCUGAAAGCUGAAGCUGUAAUACACCCAUGAGCAAGUAGCACCAGUUGUGUACAUCAAUGGCUUCUGCGCCAGUAAUUCCAGACUCUUACAACCAUGUUUUGGCAGAGCUUGAAUGUUUGGAUCCAUUGCUUUCUGCACUCAGGCUGGAUUCUGGUCGUCUGAAGUGCACGUGUAUAGAUGUGUCAAAGAGAUGGCUAGCUCUGGGCAGUUCAGGAGGAGGACUGAACCUUAUACAGAAAGAUGUCUGGAAGCAAAGACUUUUUCUCGCUCAUAAGGAGGGUGCAGUUUCCCGGGUUGCCUGUUGUUUGCAUGAUGAAGACUAUGUUGCUGUUGCCACCAGCCAAGGUCUUGUAGUAGUCUGGGAGCUGAAUCAGGAGCGUCGUGGGAAGCCAGAACGGAUUUAUGUUUCCUCUGAGCACAAGGGCAGAAAAGUCACAGCUCUGCGUUGGGAUACAGCUGCUCUUCGUGUUUUUGUAGGAGAUCAUGUGGGAAAAGUAUCAGCCAUCAAGGUUAACACAUCAAAACAAGGGAAGGCUGCUGCUACCUUUGUGAUGUUUCCUGUUCAGAUUAUAACAACUGUAGAUUCUCGGGUUGUUCAGCUUGAUUAUUUGGAUGGACGACUGCUCAUAUCUUCACUUACACGCACUUAUUUGUGUGAUACUGAGAGAGAGAAGUUCUGGAAAAUUGGUAAUAAAGAGAGAGAUGGAGAAUUUGGAGCAUGUUUCUUCCCUGGUGGAAAAAACAGUGGAAAUCAGCAGCCAUUAAUAUAUUGUGCUCGACCUGGCUCAAGGAUGUGGGAGGUGAACUUUGACGGGGAAGUGCAAAGCACACAUCAGUUCAAGCAGCUGCUGUCAUCACCGCCUCUCCCUGUUGUUUCUCUCAGGCUGGAUCCUCAUUAUACUAGUUCCAGCUGCUCUCCACAGUCUUUACCUUUUCCCAGGCUACUGUAUCUGAGUGAGCACUGUGUGAUGACCUGGACAGAAAGAGGCAUUUAUAUUUUUCUUCCCCAAAGCGUUCAAGUCUUACUCUGGAGUGAAGUAAAAGAUAUUCAGGAUAUUGCAGUUUACAAAAGUGAGUUGUUCUGUCUGCAUACAAAUGGAAAAGUUGUUCAUCUCUCCCUUCUGCUGGUAGACCGCUGCAUAGAGCGUCUGAUGAGAAGAGGGUUCUGGACCCUUGCUGCCAGGGUCUGUUGCCUUUUCCAAAAUGCAGUUAUUUCUUGCAGAGCAAGAAAAAAUUUGCCUUUAGACAGGCUGGAGCACUUAAAGUCUCAGCUGGAUGCCUCAACCCAACAAGAUCUUACUCUGCAACUGGAAGAAUUGAUUUCAAAGUUGGAACCUCUAGAUUCUGCAGGCAGCAGUAGAAGGAGUAGUAUUUCAUCUCAUGAAAGUUUCAGUGUCUUAGACUCUGGAAUAUAUCGUGUUAUCAGCCGAAGAGGCAGUCAGUCAGAUGAAGAUUCAAAUUCUCUCCACAGUCAAACAUUCUCAGAAGAUGAGAGACUUAAAGAAUUUCCUGCACACCAGGAAGAUGAGCAAGUAGAACUUGACAACGUAUCUCAUACAUCUGUGACGGUUGAAGCUGACCGGAAUGAGACAUUUCUUCCAUUCAGUAUUCCUUUGUCAUUUCGUUCCCCAUCUCCUCUCGUCUCUCUCCAAGCUGUCAAAGAAAGUGUUUCCAGCUUUGUACGCAAAACUACUGAAAAGAUUGGCACACUUCAUAUAAGCCCUGAUGCUAGAGGAAGGCAAGAAGCAAAGGAUGAUGAGCAGCUGCAGGAGUUGAAUGUUAAUCUGGAAGCACCUCCCCAGGAAAAGAAAGAGUUAGAACCACAGAGUUGCCAGCUUCCAGAGGAGGAUCAUCUAAGAGAUCUCAAGGCUGCAACAGCAGAAGCUAUAGCCAAACUCCAGGAUCCCCUGGUUUUGUUAGAACCACAGUGUAUGAGAAUGGUUUUACAGGAAUGGCUUGUCUGUCUAGAAGAGAAGUUUGGCAGCAAAGAGCGUUCUGCUUCCACUGUCAAGAACCACAAGACUGUGUGUGCUGAAGAACAGAGUGCAGUUCUGCAAGAAAACCUACGACUAGGUCCAGCUGAUGGAGACCCAAAAGACAAAGAAUGGAGCAGUAUCUUGGAAAACUACACUGAAAAGGAAAAUGCUGAAGAAACUUGUGUAAGCAAGGCCAUGUGUGAAAAUAGUACUGAUUUUAAGGGACCUUUGGACUGCGGCUUUCAAGUGUCUCUUCCAUGUGUCAUAGAACCAGAUGUUCAGAAAGAUCUUGUUGAGUUGACAACACUGUGUUUUGAGAUGUCUGUGUUUUCUUGUGGAAGUGGUGAUGCUGAGGAAAGUUCUGAUGGGAGUCUGCCACUAGCAGCUUCAUGGACCUUGGCUUGUAGAUUUAUGCGAAGCUACUUCUUUCUUUUGGAUUUAAAAAGACUAAAGCAAUGUAUUAUAACCAUACAUGCAAACAGUCCUAAUGUAUGGGAAACAUACAUCGCAGGCUUGAAAGAACUAACUUGUCAUAGCCCAGUGGCUUUAGCAAUGGAAAAUGAAGAUAUGUUGAAAAUACUGAAACAGCUGCAUGACCUGGGGCCUUGGGAUGAUAGCCCGCUCUUACUGGUACAUGCUCAAAGGCUUUAUGAAAAAUUUGGGGAAACAGCUCUUCGGCCCUUGAUCAAGUUCCACCCCUCCCUCUUGCCCUCUGAUAUCAAACAGCUUUGCAGGAAUGAUCCAGCUCACUUUUUAGCAUAUUUAGAUAGUCUGGUGAAAUCAAAGCCUGAGGAUAAAAGGUCAUCUCUCCUUAGAUCUCUUCUGCAGCCUGAAUCUGUACGACUGGAUUGGUUGUGCUUGGCAGUUUCUCAUGAUGCACCACAAAGAACAAAUACUGUGGAUGCGGAAGGAAAUCCCAGGCCACGAUCCCAUUUGUUUACAUGGGGCUACAGCCAGCUCAUUCUGCUUUUGAUUAAACUCCCAGCUAACUUUGCUACAAAAGAAAAGAUGACUGACAUCUGUAAAUCACAUGGAUUUUGGACUGGAUAUCUUUUUCUCUGCCUUGAGCUGGAUAGAAGAAUAGAAGCCUUUACUAGUAUUGCUCAUUUGGAUGACUUGAGCCUGUUGAAUGGAGAAGAUGGUUCCAUUCCAGAGACCAUAGAAGAAUGGAAGUUUCUUCUGCACCUCACACAAAAUCACAGCACAGCUUUCCACCACCAUGGCCCACAGAAUGGGAAUGCUGUCAGCAGUGUUAGCCCAAGCUGCCCGGACUGCAUCACUGUGGAAAACGUAGCCCUCUUGCUGGCAAAAGCCAUUGGCCCAAACCGUGCCUUGCCUCUCUUGCAGGAAUGUGGCUUGACACUAGAAUUGUCUGAGAGAUUUACUGGUGUCUGUGAGAUCCUGAGAAUUGCUGAGAAAAGGCAAAGAGCGCUGAUUCAGUCCAUGUUGGAAAGGUGUGACCGGUUUUUGUGGUCUCAGCAAGCAUAGGAAACAGCUUGGAAAACUCUGGGAACAUUUUUUUACUGUAACAAUUGUAUAUUAAAAUGCCUCUUAAACUUAACAGGCUCUUAAAGAAAGAAACCCCUGUCUAAAAGUUCAGUUGUAUUGAGCCACUCUCCAUCUGGCAGGUAUCUGCCCAGCAACUGCUGAGGGUUCUUCCUUAUGUGUUUGGAGAUGAGUUUUGAACUGCAGAACUUAAAUCAAAACAAGCCCAUAUUUACCUUGAAAUUAAGCUCACAGGUUUCUGAGAUGGAAAUUCCUGAAUUUAUUUUCUGAGUUUGUAUGACUGAAGUGUUAAUGAUAUGAGCCCAAAGUAUUAAAUUAUGAUAUAUAAAUCUUUUUGUUUCCAAACAUAAGAAACCAUUCUUCAGAAACAUCUAAGCCAGUAUUUGCUUAAUUUUCCUCUAAAUGGUAUUUACAUUUUUAAGUUACUGUAGAACUGCUUGUUAUUCUAGCUGGUUUAUUCUCUUCUUAAAUUAUAUGGACUGGUUUUGGCUCUUUGAAAUGUAUGAAUUAAACCAAGUUUUAAAAUAGGAGGGAAAUAUGUUUCAGAAGUGAAUUAAUGGUUAAGAAUGCUGAUUAACAGAACUUGUUAAAUGAACUCAAUGUUAAACUAUAAGCGUGGUAUUUCCAAAUUGCCCCGUUCUGCCUGUGCAACAUCACUGUAGACGUUAGUUGUGAUGGUUCAACAAAUCUCAGGUCAGUGGAAUUAGAAUCACAAACUCGUUUAGGUUGGAAAAGGCUUUUAAGAUCAUUGAGUCUAACUGUAAACGGCCAAGUCCACCAUUAAACCACAUUCUUAAGGUGCCACAUCUACACUCCAGUACCUUAACCAUGUCCUUGGGCACCGUUCCAGUGCUUGACAAUUCUUUGGGUGAAGGAAUCUUUCUUAAUCUCCAGUCUAAACCUGCUCUGGUGCAACUUCAAGCCCUUUCCUCUAGUCCUAUCACUUGGGGAGAGUGCAACACCGACUUUGCACCAGCCUCCUUUCAGGUACUUGUAGACAGCAGUAAAUGUCUCCCUUCAGCCUCUUUUUCUCCAGUCUAAACAACCCUAGGUCCCUUAGCCACUCCUCAUAAGCCUUGUUCUCUAGACGUUUUGCCAACUUUGUUGUCCUUCUGUGGACAUGCUCCAGCAACCCAAUGUCUGUCUUGACCAAAAGUGAACACAGCACCCAAGGUGCAGCUUCACCCAGUGCAAACUACAGGGGAGAUGAUCACAGCCCUGGCCCUGCUCGCUAUGUUAUUUCUGGUAGAAGCCAGGAUGCUGUUGGCCUUCUUGGGCCCACUGCUGGCCCAUAUUCGUCUGGCUGUCAAACAACAACCCCAGCUCCUUUUCUGCAGGGGCAGUUUUCCAGCAACUCUUCUCCAAACCUGUAGCGUUGCGUGUGACCCAAGCACAGGCCUCAGCACUGAGCCUUAAUGAACCUCAUACAGUUGGCCUUCACCCAUUGAUCCAGCCUGUCUGCAUUCCUCUGUAGAGCCUUCCUACCCUCAAACAGGUUAACGCUCCCACCCAGCUUAGUGUUGUCUGUGAACUUGCUGAGGGUGCAUUUGAUGCCCUUAUCCAGAUCAUUACUAAACAGAACCGGCCCCAGUCCUGAGCCUUAGGGAACGCUACCUGUGACCAGCCACCAACUGGAUUUAACUCCAUUCACCACCACUCAUGGGGCUCAGCCACCCAGGCAGAUUUUUACCCAUCAAAGAAUAUGCCCAUCCAAGCCAUAAGCAGACAUUUUCUCCAGGAGGAUGCUGUGGGAGAAUGAAGGGUGUCUGUCCAGGGCUUUUCUGAAGUUCAGGUAAGCUUUGGCAUUUUACAUGGGUGCUGUCAAAGAACAAAGAACUAUGCUUUGUACCACCACUCUUUCUGCACUUAAUACAUAUUUCAGUAAGUUUCUUUCCAGGCUUCGAGUUGUGGGCCUCUUUACUGUUGGACUCCCAUUUUCAGCAGAAAGCCAUGGUGUCUGGUCAAUAUCUGAUUUUCACAAGAAAAAAUUCAUGCAUUGAAACGAUAUUUUGUUAAAAUCCAUAAUUUUGUCAUGAAAUUACUUGAGAGUAUUUCUUUAUAAAGAAUCUUUUUACAUAGUCUUAUAACACUUGUAGUGCUGCAAAAUAAUGUUUUUAUUUUUAUGUAAAAUAGGUCUUAGUAAUACAACUUUCAGACUUCUGAAAGGUGCAGUCUGACUUUUUCAUCUCAAUUGCAAGAAAGAGGGUUGGUUACUUCAUUAGAGGAAUGAAGCUAAAGGGAGGCAGUUAGUGGCAGGCUUUCAUCUGUUAAUGUAGCUGGUGGGAAAGCCAAUAUAUAACUACUUCUAAAGAAAACUAAAUCUUUGGAGUUUGGAUUUUAAUACUGCAAACAGCAUGGAUCCUUCUAUUGGAAAUACCUCAUGCUCUUACAGUAAGACUUAGGAGCCAGGCACCUGUAGUGUGUGGUGUAGUUAACAUGGAUGAGAUGAUGCUGGUGCCUGUUCUCUUGCCUGCUGGAUGCACAUGCUGUUAUUUCCAUGACUUGCACUUAAAUAACUGUUUCAUUCAGUGUGUGAAUGUAAUACCUUUUAGCUGAGUACUCAUGUUGCCCUCCUUAUGGGAAUUCAGCUGGCUUUCCAAGAGUGUAUCUGGCUUAUCUCUUUAAGCCAACGGUUCUACUUCAUUUGCUCUGUGUAGUUUGUGUACGCAGCAGUCUCUUUUGUGCUUCUGUGGAUUUUUUGUACACUUGGUUAACUUUGUGUAAGGGUUGAGGAUUUUUACAAUUAAUGUUACUUUCCAUUCAGAGCUUUUUUAAAAAUUUUGUCUCAGAACAGUCAAAUAAGUAACAAUGGGAAGCGUUUCUUCAAAUAUGGUGGCUAAAGUGAACUUUUUUUAAUGAGUUCAGAUAACUUGGCUGUCAAUAAAGUGUAAAGAUAUACUUUCUGAAGAAGAGUUGGAAAAUCACUUGUUCCAUGUGUUUUCAUCUCAUAUGGGUAAGGUGAAGGGACUGUAAUGAGAUAGUUGUUUGUUCAGAAGUUACAGUUGUACAGAGCAGUGCCCUCACCCUAAAGCUACAGCCCUACCAGCUCUUGGCAGCUGUGCAUACACCACUGACACUUUAAGCCAGCCUGUGCUGGAGCAGGUUUGCUCCAGCUCAUCUUUGGGUUUAGUGACUGACUGUUGGUGGAGGGAACCCUUGAAAAUCAGAGAUUUUCAGGGGGCUUUGCUCUGAACAACUUCAAACACAAGCUGUAUUGGUUUUGUUGUUUCUACACCUCUCCC